AUAAUAUACGUAAAACUUUUUUAUUAUCUAUGGUCCACGGUGAUUGCAAACAAUUCACAGUGCGAUAAGGAACAGGAACGCCGAUCGUCAUAGUAAUUCGUAAUCUUCUGGAUCUUUUUUUUGCACCGUUUUCCUGCGCCUCGACCGUUUGUGAUUCCUUCCCGGUGCUUUAUUGACGACCCAAUAUUAUUUUACCAAUCGUUAAUCAGUUUAAAGACGGACAAAAAAAACCGAAAAUUCUACUGCUCAGUGGCGACACGAACGCGCCUACUGACAUACUAACACGCCGGAACUUGUCAGAUUUUUUCGUGGUAUAAAAUAUACGAUUUAGAUUUGUCCGUGAAAAUGUUCAGGAACCGAUUAAGACAAGUCGGUUGGUUCGCCUACGAAUUGCUUGGACGGUCCGUGAGACAUCAUCGGCUAACACAUUUAGUUUCAAAUCGUAUGCAACUUGUUUCGUCUAAAAUUCGCAUACCAGUGACAUUGAGCUUUGCUAUUCCUUUUUUUGGGUACAACUCUACUGUUUCAACUACUGAAGUUAAACAAGAACCAUCUGAUGACGAUGCUAAAAAUGAAUUGAAACAAAAAAUCAUCGAAGCUGAUCAGCUUUUCUUACUUAAUAAGUUUGAUGAUGUGGUUUCUUUGCUUGAAGAGUAUGAGGAUAAAAAUGAUGUACAAGUAUUGUGGCGUAUUAGUAAAGCUAAAUACAAUAUGAGUUUAGAUGAAAAUAUCAGUAAAGAAAAAAAAAAAAUGUUAAUAUCAUCAGCUCAUGAAUCCAUUAUUAAAGCAUUAAGUAUUGAUUCAAAUAUAUCUGAAGUCCAUAAAUGGGCUGCUGUUUUAAUUGACGCACAUAGUAAAAUUAAUUUUGGAAUUAAGGAACAAUUGGAAAAAUUAGAAACUGUAAAAUUUCAUUUACAAAGAGCUUUGGAAUUGAAUCCUAAAGACCCAUUAAUUCGUUAUAUGAUUGGUUUUUGGUGUUAUAAUUUGGCUGAUAUUUCUUGGUUCCAACGGAAUAUUGGAUCAAUUAUAUUUAGUACUGAAAUUCCUUCAUCUACAUUUGAAGAAGCAUUAAAAUAUUUUAAAGAAGCUGAAUCAUUACAACCAAAAUUUUAUUGUAAAAAUCUUCUUAUGUUGGGUAAAACAUUUUUGAAAAUGGAUAACAAAUUUAGUGCAGAGUAUUAUCUAAAACUUGUUACACAGUAUCCAGUAAAAACUGUUGAGGAUCACGAAGCCAAAACCGAAGCAGAAAAAAUUCUUAAAUCAUCAAUUUGGUAA